AUUAAGAGAAAAAAAAGAAAAUAAGAAAAGAAAAGGUGCGAGCGAGAGCAGAGAGAGAGAGAGAUGGGUUUGGAGGCAGUGGGAGAUCUAGCGCUACACAUAAUCCUGCGCAAGUUAGGAGCUGAAGAGUCGGCGAGAGCAGCCUGCGUGAGCAAGCAACUCAGAGCUUCCGCCUCUGAAGACCCUCUUUGGUCCCAUUUCUGUGCCCAGGACCUCCACCUCCACCAACCCUUGGAUCCUCAUGGCAACCUUGCCCCGUCUUUCAAGGCCAGUUAUGGUUUGUGGCGGGAAUCUUUCAGCAUGUACCCAUGGUCCCUUGUAAAGCGAGCCAAGAGGUGUUGGGCCAAAAUCACAAACUGGCUCUCUCUUCAUUUUCCAGAGGCUCACUCUUCCCUCAACAAGGGUGCAUCAGAGGCUGACAUUCAACACUUGGAGACCCAAUUGAAAGUCAAACUUCCUCUCCCUACAAGGAUUCUCUAUCGUUUUCAUGACGGUCAAGAUUUACACGAUUCUCUACUGGGCCUUAUUGGUGGUUACUCUUUUUAUAACCACCUCGUCAAUGUCUCCUUGUUGCCUUUACAUCAAAUAGUCUUAGAAACUAAGCAUGUCAUGCCAAAGCUAGGCUUUUCAGCCACACCAGAUUAUAUUGUUGUGGCUUCUUCUUCUUCUACUUAUAGCCAAAAGUUGUUUUUCCUCAACUGUACAACUGGCCAGCUCUAUGUCGGUACCGCCAACCUUCUGCCUGAUGCUGAAAUGCUUCCCUGUGUACCCAAUGCGUUACUUAAUUCAGUUCAUGAUCACAAUGGUGAUCAACAACAAGAUGGCAUGCUUCUUUGGUUGGAAGAACACUACCGCCGUCUAGAAAAUGGAAUCAUUAGACUCCGUGAACAAGAAGCUAUGAGAAGCAUCAGUCAGUUUCCAGAGGAAUCCCCUCUCUGUUCCACUGCCGUAACAAAUGGGGUACAGGUUCGUUGUUCUUCGGUGUUUGUCCCGGAGUUUUCUAACCUUCAAGAUAACACCCAGAGGUACUAUUUUUCCUAUUCGAUCCGCAUGUCGCUUCUGCCUGAAGGAUGUGGCAUCAAUGGAAUGACAUUUAACUCUUGCCAACUGCUUUCAAGGCACUGGGUCAUUCGUGCUUAUGAUGUUGUGGUAGCUAAUGUUAAUGGAGAGGCUGUUAUAGGAAAGUAUCCUCUCUUGUGUCCAGGUGAGCAAGAAUUUGUAUAUGAGAGUUGCACGCCUCUGCCAUCUUCCUCGGGUUCUAUAGAAGGUUCUUUCAUGUUUGUCCCGGGCAGGUUGGCGGACCCAAAAGGCAGCAGAUUUAGAGUUCCGGCUGCACGCUUUCCCCUCCAGCUGCCAGACUACAUCUUCUGACAAUCAGGGUGCUGGCUUCACGUGCUUUAUUGGGAGCUUGAUCACAAUGAUUGUAAAAUAGUGAUAUAUUUAUGCUUUUGUAUUUACUGUUAAAUGUUAUGGUGAAAAUUCUCUCUGAUGACUUGUACCUUCUGGGCAUUUUGUCUAAGUUGAAGCCUAUUAUCUAUUA